AUGUCUCAAGCAAGCAGGAUCAAUGGUGGUGGGUCGAACGAAGGAAAAGAGAAGCUGGCGCCGAGGCUGAAGAUCACGGUGCCACGUUUUGACAACACGGAGCUCAUCAGGGGUUACUCGCGUACGUUGAUUGGGAGGUGCAUGAAUCCCAUGAUGCAAGAUGUGCAAUCCCUGUUGCAUGUGAUGCCACGGAUCUGGAAGGUGGAGGAGCGAGUUGCGGUAGCAAACUUGGGACUCGGAAGGUUCCAGUUUGAUUUUGAUAACGAGGAGGAUAUCGUGGAGGUUCUCAAGAUGGAGCCUUUCCAUUUCGACAAUUGGAUGGUGGCUCUGGUCCGGUGGCAGCCGGUGGUGGAUCCGUCUUAUCCCUCGGCGAUUAUCUUUUGGGUCUGUCUGGAUGGGUACAAACCCCUGACCUUUGAAACGACGGUGGAGUUUCACAGCGGCGAUGAAACACUGGUGGUUCUCAGAUACGAGAGGCUGUUCGGAUUUUGUAGGGAGUGUUCAAGUCUGUGCCAUGAUGUGGUUCAUUGCCCUCUACUGAGGAAAGCUCGGGAGGAACGAGAGAAGCAAACAAGGAGAGAGGAUAGACCAGAUGGAGGUUCUAUGAGUUACAAAGGUGUGGUCAUAAACGGACCUCAGAGUGGGAAUGGCGGGAUACGACCACCUCCCAGUAACCAGCCGACGGACUACAAGGGAAAGGGUAAAGCGGUGGAUACCAGGAAAGAAAAAGGAUUGCGUCACACAGGCUUUCGCGGCAAAGCUAGGCAUGGUGAGGAAAGCUCUGUGGUUCACCGGGUUCCAAAGAGGUACAUGCCUACUCUGGAAUUGAGGAAAUUGGCUUCCGGGACUACAAGGGCCGGAGGAAGUACUUCUAUGGCGGGAACUGGUACAGAUGGAAGGACUGUUCUAAGUCCUAGUUACCAAUCGGCAAAAAAGGCAGGAGCAGUGGAAGUAGGGGUCACAGCGGUCAUUGAGAAUAUUCCGUCAAGUGAGCAGCUCUUGGCUGAAGCUCGAGAAAAAGAAGAGAAGGAGAAACUGGAAGCUAAGGUUUAUGAGAUGGAGGGAAGCUGGGGAAGUGAAGAGGAGGGUGAGAAGGAGGGUGAAGCAGGAGAUGAAGAUACUGCUGCUGAGGAUGAGUUGGGUGAUCUGGAGAUUACUGAAGGUUUGCAGGAAUCUUUGUCUCCGGGAUGA